AGACUGGCGGAGGAGCGAUUGACAGGCGGCAGGGCAGCUCUGGGGCCCGGCAGAGUUGGUGGUGCGCGUGGACGCGGCUGCGGCGGAGACCUCGGGAUGUGGAGCGGCCCACCCCAACAAGACGAGGGCCUCCCUGUGGGCCUCUCAGCUAUUUCAGUCCCCUGGAAAAACCUGGGCCCCAGCAAAGGUAACAGGAAGUCCCCAGGAGGCCUGGUAGAAGCCUCUGCUUCCUGGGAGGAGGCCGGGGGUGAGGAACACCCAGCAGCUGCUCCAUUGGAUGUAUCACGCCUGCGCAGCUCCUCCAUGGAGAUCCGAGAGAAGGGCUCUGAAUUCCUAAAGGAGGAGCUAUACAAAGCCCAGAAGGAGCUGAAGCUUAAGGAUGAAGAGUGUGAACGGCUUUGCAAAGUGCGCGCACAGCUGGAGCAGGAGCUGGAGGAGCUGACGGCCAGCCUGUUUGAGGAAGCUCACAAGAUGGUUCGGGAAGCCAACAUGAAGCAGGCAGCAUCGGAAAAGCAGUUGAAGGAGGCUUGGGGCAAGAUCGACAUGCUACAGGCAGAGGUGACAGCCUUGAAGACACUGGUCAUCACAUCCACACCAGCCUCUCCCAACCGUGAGCUCCACCCACAGCUGCUGAGUCCCACCAAAGCCGGACCCCGAAAGGGCCACUCACGCCAAAAGAGCACCAGCUCCCUCUGCCCUGUUGUGUGCCCCACUGCAGGGCAUAUCCCCACCCCAGACAAAGAAGGCAAGGAGGUGGAUACAACCCUGUUUGCAGAGUUCCAGGCUUGGAGGGCAUCACCUACCCUGGAUAAGAACUGCCCCUUCCUAGAAAGGGUGUACCGGGAGGACGUGGGCCCUUGCCUCGACUUCACAGUGCAGGAGCUCUCAGCUCUAGUUCGGACGGCAGUGGAGGACAACACACUCACCAUUGAGCCCGUGGCUUCACAGACUCUGCCCAAUGUUGAGUGUAACAACACCAACACAUGUGCCCUGAGUGGACUGGCGCGUACCUGCCACCAUCGAAUCCGCCUGGGGGACUCUGACGGCCACUAUUACAUCUCACCGUCCUCCCGGGCCAGGAUCACUGCAGUAUGCAACUUCUUCACCUAUGUGCGUUACAUCCAGCAAGGCCUGGUUCGGCAAGAUGCUGAGCCGAUGUUCUGGGAGAUCAUGAGGCUGCGGAAGGGGAUGUCACUAGCCAAGCUUGGCUUCUUCCCCCAGGAGGCCUAGGGCAUGGCCCCAGGCCUGAAGUAAGCUCUGAGCUAGAGAAAACAGCUGCCUUGGGACAGACGAACAAGAAAUCCUGGACCCAGCUCUGAGCCAUAAGCUGAAAGGACAGAUAAACAGCCAGACUGUAGAGACAGUUCUGAGCCAGUACCACCCAUCCCUCUUGGGACAGACAAAAGGACAGCCUGGCCUGGACUUUAUGAGAUGACCCCUCUUGCCCACUAAGCUCUGUAGCCAACAAGAGAAUCUCAAGAAAGCACCGAAGACCAAGGCACUUGGAACAAGGAGCUCAGCCCCAGGAGAGGACGUUUGAGUAUCCAGUACCCCCACCACAACCCCUGCUGCUUACCAAUGCUUUCUUGCUGCCACAUCUUCAGAAAGGGACUGUUCUAGGGUGGCUGGAUCUCCAGGGUGUGCUCUACCACAGCCUCUAAGCCCUGGGACACCAGCACCCCCUUGUGGCCAUUUUCUCACUGUUCCCAAGUGGCCUCAUUAGAAUGCCCAAGUGGUCAGGCAAGUGUCUCCAUUCUGAACAAGGUGGAGGAUAACUGCCCCAGAAUGCUCUGAAGGUGAGUCCAGGGUCCCUCCUCCAUUCUUCUGCAUAGAGGCCUCCCUCUCCCCUUCCUCUCCACUUCAACACCAUCUUCAGGAAGCCCUGUUCCUAAAAUUGCCAGGAAUCUGGGUCCUUUCUUCUCAGAGUAUGUCACCAGAGGAACCUGAGGAUGUAGACCUGGGCAGCCAUCCAGGCUGUAGGGGCCCUGUGUGUGGGACUGGAUGGAGAGGGCGGGCCAAGCAGGACAUGGACCCUACCUUAUCCAUCCCAGCCCACUGGGAAGUGGGGUCGGGGGACCCAGCCUGGACAUACCCCUCACCACGCCCUCUUUCCUUCAAAUGGAAUGUAACACGAUCUCUAUUUAAUAAAGGAAGGCUUUGUUGGUAGGGGCUAGGCGGCAGUGGCCUUCACUCCUGUGCCCUGGGGCUCUGGCCAGGGCUUGGGCAUCUGAAGGAAUGAAAUCAAAUCCUUUCCUGACUGGCCUCGUGCUUGGGAUUAAACCCAAAUCCUGAAACUGCCCCCACGGCUACUACCACUUUCUUGCAGUAGGGAAGACUGUUGGAGCUGUCCUUAACUUUUCAUGGGGCUGUGGGGGAUUGGCAUGAGUUUGCCACUCUCAGGGUUCAGCUCUGACCUGUGAAUCCCCCAGCCCUUAGAGAUGACCCCAAGUCUACUAGAAUCCUGGAGUCAAAACAUCCAUGCUUCCUGGGCUUGGCAGGACAGUGCAUUAAUUGAUGCCACCUGUCACAGGUCAGGUGGGGACUCCAGAAGUGCUAGGCAUGGCAGACACGAGUGGAAAGAAGUAGGGAUAAGCAGGGUCCUGAGAGACCUCAGAGUAGGACUGAGGAGAGAGAGGUCGUGUGGUUCCUGCUCCUGCCCAACCAGUAGGGCUUUGUGCUUUCUUGGGAGGAGGGUGCAGCAGAUUCUGGGUUGGGUCAGAGGUUGUCAGGGGCCUACGGAAACUUCUCUAUUGGCCUGAGGCCCAGGUGCAUUCAGACGGUAGUUAGCUGGGGGCUGGCCAGAGCUCUGUCAAGGUCCUCUGCCUUCACAUGUUCUCUGGCCAGUAGCCUGUUCCCAGGACUCUGCUACCUCCACUGCUCCUCACAUUUCCUCCCUGCUCCACUGUGACUCGAGUCCUUUGCUGUGUCCCCAGCCCUCAAAGACACCUGGUCACUGACCAGAACCCUGUCAUAGCCACUUAUUCACUAACUAAUACUGGGGUCUCCUCUGCUGGACAUUGGCCAUGACAAGCAUACCAAUAAUACAUCCAGGCUCCUGGAUGGAGGAAAGUAAAAACCAAAGGGUGUCAGGGAAGGACAUGGUAUACUGUAUGGCAUCCCAUGAUUAUGUCAUCCCCUUGUUCACCGGGGGACAAGUGGGGAUCAAAACCUGAGCACUGGACUUAAUCAGUCCCUAACUUCUGUGUUCUGAGCCCAACCAUAUGCAGGACCACAGAGGUACCAGGAGACAUCCCAGAAGCUCAUGGAGGACCCUACUCCCCUGACUGACUUGUCCUACUUCUACAAAGCAUUGGCCAUGAUAGGAUCCCAGGUGGAGCCAUCAACACAGCCAUACCCUGCUGGCAGCAAUUAAUAUCUAAGCACUAGUCAUAGCUCCCAGCCCUCUCUGUGAACCCAUUAUUUCAGCCUCUUAGCGAUGUUAAAACACGCUAUUAUCCCCUAUGUAAAUGGAUAGAGGCCACUGGAGAACACAGAGAUCCUGAAGUUGGGGUUUAUUUACCUCAAUGGUAGAGGCUGGCCUAGCAAACAUAAGGCCCUACCCUGCUCCAGAAAAAGAAAGUCACAAAGAGGUGGUAAGUCUCUGGGACUUGUAGUAUUAACCACCUCUUGGUGUUUUUUGUUUGUUUGCUUUUGUGUUUUUAUACUGAACACUCAGUGUGUGUAGGCUUUUUUUUUUUUUUACCUCUUUUAAUUGAUUCAAAAGGAUGGGGGGGUAGAUCAGUGCUAGAGUGCUUAAUUCAAGGCCUGGGGUUUGAUCCCCAGAACCACACACACAAAACAGAAGAAACAGAGACAGGGCUGGAAUUUGAACCUGGUUUCCUUUACUCUGGAAGUGGUAGCUCAGGGCUUUGACACUUGGCGCUGACUUGGGAGGCUAACUGCCACACCAGUUCUUACAUUUUCUAGAUAACCCACUUGGUUUCUAUGAAUUCUUGGCACAUAGGAAUCAUUUGAGCUCUCCUUAGCCAGCCCUGAAUUUGGUGCAGCACCCUGAGAUAAUUCACUUCACCAUCAGCCCUGAUCUGAAUCCUGCCAGGGCUGUGACCUUGGAGCAAGUUGCUUUUCUCAGUUAUGAAUUGGGAUUAUUAUUUUUCUCCAUAAUCUUCCCUCGUUCGUUCGUUCGUUCAUUCAUUCAUUCGUUCGUUCAUACAUGCAUGCAUUUGGUGUUUGAGUUGUGCAUUCAUGAUAUUGUCUUGGUCCUUGUUUGAGGCAGAGUCUCUCAUUGUCUGUUGAUGCAUAGGCCAGCCUAGCUUCUGAGAAUUCUCCCACCUUCCCACUAGGAGCAUAGGGAUUAUGGGCAUGGACUACUGGGUCAAGCUUUUUAAGAUUUCUGUGGAUCUGGACUCAGGCCAUCAGACUUUGACAGGAAGUCCUUUUUCCACAAAUCAAUCCCUGCCGUACUUAUUUUUUUUUUAAACACAAUCUUGUCAUACGUUUUAAGUGUAGAAUUAUAGUUCUGUUAGGCAUAGGCAUACUCUCACACUGUCAUGAAGCCAAUCUGCAAACAUUUUGCAUCUUUCAAAACAAAUGCUCUGUCCACUGAAUAAUUCCCUAUUUCUCCUGUCCCUAGACUGUGGUCCUCAGCAUCUUGCCUUCUGCCUCUGUGAAUCUGACUCCUCUGGAGAUUUGCUGUAGAUGCAAUCAGCAAGAUUGAUCUCUUAGUGGCUGGCUUGUCUCACUUAAUGUAAUGUCAAUAUGCGUCUGUGUUGUAAGAUGACAGGAUUUCCUUUUUAAGACUUAGUAAUAUUCUGAUGUAUGUGUAACACCCCUCUGUGUUUAUCCAUUCACUGGAGACAGACAUGGGUUACUGGUACCUACUGAUGCAUAUGCUAAUAUCCCUUGGAGAGCUUGCAUAGAAUCCUUUUAAUAAAUGACCAUUAGUAAAUUGG